GAAAAGAAUGAGAAAAAAGAUAAAUGUAGAGAGAAGAAAGGAAGACCAUAGGGCAAAACGAACGGCAAUGAUGUGAAUGUGAUGUUGUCUGAUAGUAAGCAAGUGAACAGUGAGUGUGAGACUUAGCACUCUUCACUCUUCCCUCUUCCCUCUCCCUCUCUUCGCCAACUCAUUCCUCACCCAAAAAAGUUAGUUAGAUGCAUGACUUUGCCUUCACCACCUUCACAUAUCUCUGCAUUCAAUAGGGUUUUAGCUUCUGGUGCGGUGGUUGCUUUUUCUGUUCUGCUGUGCCCACCUUUCGUCUAGAUAGAGAAGAGUAGCUACUCAACGCAAUCUCUUACGGUUCAAGUGUUUCUGAGAAAGAUCAGUUUGAUAGCCAAGGCUUUGCUGGGCUGCAAUAUUGAGCAGAGUUUGCUGACUGAGUUGGUAUUGGAUGUGAUGAAGCUUAAAACAUGGCUUGCGAGUGUUUUGUUGCUCACUAUUGCUAUGCUUACCACUACAUUAGGUGCAUUUGUGGGGGUAAACAUUGGCACUGAUGUUUCUGAUCUGCCAUCUGCUUCGAAUAUAGUUGACAUUCUAAAAGCUAAUCAAAUAACUCAUGUGCGGCUAUAUGAUGCUAAUGCGCACUUGCUACAAGCCCUUUCAAACACUAGCAUUGAAGUAAUCGUUGGUGUCACCAAUGAGGAGUUGCUGCGGAUUGGAGAAUCUCCAUCAGCAGCUGCAGCUUGGAUUAAUAAAAAUGUUGUUGCUUAUGUCCCAUCCACCAAUAUCACAGCAAUAGCAGUUGGCAGUGAGGUUCUUUCCACAAUCCCAAAUGUCGCCCCUGUACUGGUUCCUGCCAUGAAUUCUCUUCACAAAGCCCUGGUUGCUGCAAACCUUAACUUCAGGGUCAAAGUUUCAACUCCCCAGUCUAUGGACAUUAUCCCCAAGUCUUUUCCUCCUUCCACUGCCUCUUUCAACUCUUCAUGGAACAGUACUAUCUAUCAACUCCUUCAGUUUCUGAAGAACACAAACUCCUCCUAUAUGUUAAAUGCCUACCCUUAUUAUGGAUACACUAAAGGAGAUGGCAUUUUCCCUAUUGAAUAUGCCCUUUUCCGACCUCUUCCUUCUGUGAAGCAAAUUGUUGAUCCAAACACUCUAUUUCACUAUAACAGUAUGUUUGAUGCUAUGGUGGAUGCUACCUACUACUCUAUAGAAGCCUUAAAUUUCAAUAACAUACCCAUUGUUGUAACAGAGACUGGCUGGCCAUCGUUUGGUGGAUCAAAUGAACCAGAUGCUACUGCAGAAAAUGCUGAGCUCUACAUUAAUAAUAUGAUUCAGCGAGUCAUGAAUGAUUCAGGUCCUCCUAGUCAGCCAAACAUAGCGAUUAAUACAUACAUAUAUGAAUUAUUUAAUGAAGACAAGAGGAAUGGACCUAUAUCAGAAAAAAACUGGGGCAUCUUCUAUACGAAUGGAAGUACUGUUUAUCCUUUGAGUUUUAGUGAUUCAGGCCAGACUACCGGAAAUUCUUCAGGAGUUUUUUGUGUGGCUAAAGAUGGAGCGGACACUGAUAAGCUGCAAGCUGGCCUGAGCUGGGCUUGUGGGCAAGGAGGAGCAAAUUGUGCUGCAAUUCAACCAGGGCAGCCAUGCUAUCUCCCCAAUAAUCUGAAAAGCCAUGCCUCUUAUGCUUAUAAUGAUUAUUAUCAGAAAAAGCGUGGUAGUGGUGGAACUUGCGACUUUGAUGGUACUGCAACAACUACUACCAAGGAUCCUAGUUCUUCAUCCUGUAUAUUUUCCGGAAGUUCUAACUCGAGCAUUGGUGGGUUGAGUUUACCUCCAACGGCACUUGGACCUUCAAGCCCCUUUGGUGCGAGUGUGAAGCUGCAAGUGUCUUGCCUAAGGUAUUUGAUAUCUGCUAUUGGUGUAUUUUUGGCUCUGGCGGUGUUAUGAGUCAUGACCAAAAGGUCGAUGCUCUUUAAAUUGCUAUUCAAUGAUUCGUGUAAUGUGGUCUGUGUCGAUUUUGUUUCUAACUUUUUUGGUACAUUUUAUUCUUCUGAAAUGUCCCAUCUUGUGCAUUUGGGAUCAUUGUAUUUUAUAACUUUUUAGAUAGAUAGGUAUUUAAUGUAGUGCUGUAGCCGGAAGAGACAAACCGUACACGGGGCCCUUAAGAAAUGACUGCCAGCUAUCUCGAACCAACAAAUGGUGCACUUGUGUCUGUGAUCAUAAAAAUAGAGUAACAUUUUUCCAUC